AUGCCUGAACACGAUAUUGCCUCUUGGAAUUCUUUGAUUUCUUCCUUUGCCCGAAAUGGUUUGCCUGAGGAGGCGUUUAAGAUAUUUCAGAAAGUUCUAACGGAGGCUUUAGUAAUGCCAAAUAAGGUGAGCUUUUUGAGCGUUCUUCCAGCAAUUGCCGAGUUGGGUUGUGCACUUCGGGGUAGAUGUGUUCAUUCCUUGAUUCUCCGAACAGGAAUUGAGUUGGAUGGUCUAUUAUCGUCAGCUCUUGUGGAUAUGUAUUGCAAGUGUGAUUGCUUGGAUCAUGCUUUUCAAGUGCUCAGAACAAACCAAUCUCGAGACAAUGUGGCUUCUUGGAAUCCGUUGUUGGCGGGGUUAGUCCGACAUAAAAGGUUUGAAGAGGCCUUGGAUAUUUUUCAAAUUUUGCAAUUGGAGAACGUCGAACCUGAUGUUGUUACUAUCAUCACUCUUCUUGCCACUGUUGCACAAUUGGGAACUCUUGGUCUUGGAAAAUGGCUUCAUGCUUAUGCAAUUAAAAAGAGAACUAGAGUGAGUGCAACUCUUGCCUCUGCACUUGUAGAUAUGUACUCAAAAUGUGGGUGUGUAGAGCUUGCCCUACAGGUCUUUUCCAUGGCUGAAGAAAGAACCGUUGAGUUAUGGAAUGCCAUGAUUAAUGGGCCUCUUGCCUCUGCACUUGUAGAUAUGUACUCAAAAUGUGGGUGUGUAGAGCUUGCCCUACAGGUCUUUUCCAUGGCUGAAGAAAGAACCGUUGAGUUAUGGAAUGCCAUGAUUAAUGGGCUUGCUAUCCAUGGCCAGGGAAAGGAUGCCAUCGAAUUAUUUUCUCAGAUGCGAUCAGCAAAUUCAGAAUUUGAUGAGGUGACACUUGCGUCUAUCCUCAAUGCUUGCAGUCACUCAGGGGAAAAUCGCACGCCGGAGGAGGGGGGUGGCGUUGAAUAA